AUGCCAAAUCUGAUCUAUCUAUCAGUAUGCUUAGCAUUUCAUCUUACCUGCGUUACGUCAUCAAGUGAACAGGACAUAGCAGCAGCUAAAUGGCGAUUUGAUGAAUUCGAAUUACACAUCAGUAUUCUAACCUUUUUAAUCGCUGUCAUAUUAAUUAAAAUCGCUUUCCACUAUACACCAUAUCUACCGGAGUAUAUACCAGAAUCAUUAUUACUUAUUAUCGUCGGAAUUAUAUUCGGCGCUUUUAUACGUUAUGCACUUGCCAAUGGUUCAGUUAAAAUUAUUGUUUGGAGGUUAACACCGAAAUACUUUUUCCUGUAUCUGCUACCACCGAUUGUACUUGAAUCAGCUUAUGGAUUAUACAACAGAGUGUUUAGUGAAUACCUUGGUACUGUACUGUUAUUUGCUGUCCUAGGCACUGUAUUCAACUUCCUAUUGAUUGGUUUUAUCCUCUAUGGUCUGUAUGCCGGCGGUGCAUUUGGUUAUCCAGAAAUUACGGUGGAUUUAAAAAGUUUCCUGCUGUUCAGUUCGCUGAUUGUUGCUGUUGAUCCUGUCGCUGUAUUGGCUAUCUUUCAUGAUAUAGGCUUAGAAAGGAAUCUCUACUAUAUUGUGUUUGGUGAAUCCCUGUUGAACGAUGCCAUCACAAUUGUUCUCUAUGAAAUUAUGGUUGAAUUCACUGGGAAGAAGGAGGUCACUGGUGGACAAAUCGGCAUUGGGAUAGCAUCAUUCUUCACUGUGAGUUUAGGCGGCCUUCUGAUUGGCGUUGUCUUCGGCAUAGUGACCUGUUUAAUUACACGAAUUCCUAGUCAUCUAUCAACAAUGACAGUUCUACUCCUUGCCUACUUCUCCUACAUAAUGGCAGAUUGUGUUGGUUGGUCAGGGAUUAUAUCAAUGAUUGGGUGUGGAUUGAUUCAAGCAGCUUAUGCAUUUCAUAAUAUAGACAGACGAUCAGUUAUCACUAUACAUAAUUUCGUCAAGGUUAUGGCUGAACUCAGUGAGUCUGUAGUGUUUGUAUUUCUGGGGGUGACUGUUAUCGCUGAAACGCUUCACUGGCAUACUGGUUAUGCUUUAUGGUCGAUGGUGAUGUGUUUAAUCGCCCGCGGGAUAGUUGUUCUAGUCCUGACAGCUAUCCUGAACGCUGUCAAUGUGGAUGAGACAAAAAUCAGUCUAACAGAACAAGCAAUUCUUAUCUACGGUGGGUUAAGAGGUGGGGUGUCGCUUUGUUUAGCUCUUCAAAUACCUAAUGAAAUAUUAGGCGAAAGGGGAGCAGAAAAUCAAAAUAUCAUUGUCACUACAACAAUAUUUAUUAUCCUGUUCACAGUUGGUUUUAUGGGGACUACAAUUAAACCGUUAGUGAAAGCGUUGAAAAUACGUAUGGAAGAGGAGAAAACCCUGAGUUUAUUUGCUCAAUUGAAUGCAAAUAUACUAGAUGAAACACUAUCUGGCAUCGAGGUGAUAGCCAAUUGUAAACGACGCAAUUCUGUGAGGGAAUUUUUUGUGCGUAUUGAUGAAAAGUAUAUUCGAAGAAUCCUACAACGGGAUCCUGAACGUUAUGAUGAAAAAAUAUUGAAAUUAUAUGAGAAAAUCUCUUUACGUCUACAUUAUGCUAAAAUUAGACCGAAUGAAAUGGAGAAUUUUCUCACUGACUUGCCAGAUGCAAUACGAUAUACUUAUAUGACAAAAGGAUUUCUACCUCAGAAUGAUAAUCUUGGUCAGAGUAGUUUCGUCGGUAAUGAUAUACUCAUGGAUGAUCUUGAUGAACCUGCAGAAUUUCAAAAAAUGCCAAAAUGUUGUAAAAAGAAGACUAAGUGUCACUGGAAAUGUAAGCGAAAGCCUACUCCUUCUUCUCCCAAUGAUCUUGGCGAAGAUGGUAUCACAAAUAACCUUAAAAGCUUGAAAGCGAUAAAACUUCCACGUAGAAAGAAGACGUUACUAUCAGCAGCAGUGAAUAACAAUCCAAGUAAAGAAGAGUCAAUCAAAAACAUUUUAAGAUAUUCAAGACGACCAACACUAUUACCAUAUUUCACGAGAGAAGCAGAUUUCAAUGAUCGAUUUUUAGAUAUUUUAAGAUCACGUAAUCGUGAACUUCAGAUGAGGUUACGUGGUGAAAGAACAGAGAAAUCGAUGGUGCCAUCGUCUGCUUCUGAUUCGACAACUUCACAGGAGUCAAUGGUAAUAGUGAAACCAGCUAUAACAAUCAGGCAGAUGCCUGCAACAUCACCAGCACCGUCUGAUGAAGGAAAUACUCCUCAGACUUCUAUCAGACAAAAAGUAUAUCAGCGAUCAGAUUUGAAGGAAAGCGAAGUAGCAGAAGGCGAAGGCGGUGGUGGCCAACACAACCGUCCACCACAAACUAUACAUGAUUUACGAAAAUAUGAUCAGAGAUGA